UGCAAGAGAACUGCUGGCAGAGAAGGGGGUCUGGGCUGGUGAAAUGGGCUCCUGGCUACCCAGCCUUGGCAUCCCAUUACACUAAUGCUGGCACCUGACAAGACUGGAGUCAUCCUAGACAUCAGCACCCUGAAAAUGAAUGAGCUGGAGACUGAGGUGCCCCCGCUGCCCCCCAGAUACCGCUUCAGAGACCUGCUUCUGGGGGACCAGAGCUUCCAGAACGAUGACAGGGCUCAUUCUGAAGAAUUCAGUCUAGAUCGAUCCGACUCACAGGUACAAGUGGAAUUCUAUGUCAAUGAGAAUACCUUCAAAGAGAGACUGAAACUCUUCUUCAUCAAAAACCAAAGAUCAAGCCUUAGAAUCCGUCUUUUCAAUUUUUCCCUCAAACUUCUGUCCUGUCUUCUGUACAUCGUAAGAGUAUUACUGGAUGACCCAACGCAUGGGAUUGGCUGUUGGAAUUGUGUCAAGCAGAAUUAUACAACCAAAGGAUAUCCAAAUGGUAUCAACUGGGAUCCAAUCAUAUGGGUGGACCGCCAAACACCACUAUGGGCCAUCCAAGUCACCGUGGCCAUCAUCAGCUUCUUGGAGACAAUGCUUCUCAUCUAUCUCAGCUAUAAGGGCAAUAUAUGGGAACAGAUCUUCCGAGUGUCUUUCAUUCUGGAAAUGAUAAACACCGCCCCUUUCAUCAUUACGAUAUUUUGGCCACCGCUGCGGAAUUUGUUCAUUCCAGUUUUCCUGAACUGCUGGCUAGCAAAAUGCGUUUUGGAGAAUAUGAUUAACGACCUUCACCGUGCUAUUCAGAGGACGCAGUCUGCCAUGUUCAAUCAGGUGAUCAUUCUGAUCUGCACUCUUCUGUGCCUUGUCUUUACAGGGAUGUGCGGCAUUCAGCAUUUGGAAAGAGCUGGGGAAAAUCUUUCACUCUUCAAUUCAUUUUAUUUCUGCAUUGUGACAUUCUCUACUGUGGGCUAUGGAGAUGUGACUCCUAAGAUAUGGCCAUCUCAGCUGCUAGUGGUGAUCAUGAUCUGUGUGGCACUCGUGGUGUUACCACUCCAGUUUGAAGAGUUGGUCUACCUUUGGAUGGAGAGGCAAAAAUCAGGGGGAAACUACAGCCGUCACAGAGCGCAGACUGAGAAACAUGUGGUCCUCUGUGUCAGCUCCCUAAAAAUCGACCUCCUGAUGGACUUUCUGAACGAGUUCUAUGCUCAUCCACGGCUUCAGGAUUAUUAUGUAGUUAUUCUCUGCCCAUUGGAGAUGGAUAUCCAGGUUCGGCGAGUUCUUCAGAUACCGUUGUGGUCUCAGCGUGUAAUCUACCUUCAAGGGUCAGCACUAAAAGAUCAGGACCUCAUGAGGGCAAAGAUGGAUGAUGCUGAAGCCUGUUUCAUUCUGAGUAGCCGAAACGAAGUGGACCGCACUGCCGCUGACCAUCAGACCAUCCUGAGAGCCUGGGCCGUGAAAGAUUUCGCUCCCAACUGUCCUUUGUACGUCCAGAUUCUGAAGCCUGAGAACAAAUUUCAUGUCAAGUUUGCAGAUCAUGUGGUAUGUGAGGAGGAGUUUAAAUACGCCAUGUUGGCACUGAACUGUGUGUGUCCUGCCACCUCAACUCUCAUCACACUACUUGUUCACACCUCCAGGGGGCAGGAAGGGCAGCAGUCCCCAGAGCAGUGGCAAAGGAUGUACGGGAGAUGUUCUGGUAACGAGGUCUACCACAUACGUAUGGGAGACAGCAAGUUCUUUAUGGAGUAUGCAGGAAAAAGCUUCACCUACGCUGCUUUCCAUGCCCACAAGAAGUAUGGCGUUUGCCUGAUAGGAGUGAGGAGAGAGGACAAUAAAAGUAUUCUACUGAACCCUGGGCCCCGGCAUAUCAUGGCCAGCUCUGACACUUGCUUCUACAUAAACAUCACCAAAGAGGAGAACUCGGCCUUCAUCUUCAAACAGGAAGAGAAGCAAAAGAAGAAAGGGAGAGGAAUCUAUGGUGAACCAUCUCGACUUCCUGUUCACAGCAUCAUUGCCAGCAUGGGGACGGUUGCAAUGGAUCUUCAGAACACGGACUGUCGUCCUGUAAACAGCAGCAAGCUGACACUGCCAUCAGAAAACGGUUCUGGCACCAGAAGACCCAGCAUUGCGCCAGUUCUGGAGAUUGCAGACAGCUCUACAGUGUUACCUUGUGACCUGCUUAGUGAUCAGUCUGAGGAUGAGAUGACCCAGUCAGAUGAUGAGGGUCUCCCAAGUUUGGAUUAUGUGAAAGGAUACCCACCAAAUUCACCGUAUAUUGGGAGCUCACCAACUCUUUGCCACCUUCUGCCAUCAAAAGCUGCAUUUUGCUGCCUGCGUUUGGAUAAGGGCUGCAAACACAACAGCUUUGAAGAUGCCAAGGCUUACGGCUUCAAGAACAAACUGAUUAUCGUGUCUGCAGAGACUGCUGGGAACGGACUCUAUAAUUUCAUUGUUCCCCUGAGGGCGUACUAUAGAUCGCGCAAAGAGCUCAAUCCAAUCGUUCUACUCCUGGACAAUCCGCCAGACAAUCACUUCCUAGAAGCAAUUUCCUGUUUUCCGAUGGUCUACUUCAUGGUUGGCACCAUAGAUAAUCUGGAUAAUUUACUGCAAUGUGGAAUAAUCUACGCAGACAAUUUGGUGGUGGUAGACAAGGAGAGCACGAUGAGUGCAGAGGAAGAUUACAUGGCAGAUGCCAAGACGAUCGUGAAUGUGCAGACUAUGUUCAGGUUGUUCCCCAGUCUCAGCAUUACCACGGAACUGACACAUCCAUCAAACAUGCGCUUCAUGCAAUUCCGGGCAAAAGACUGCUAUUCUCUUGCCCUUUCUAAGUUGGAAAAAAAAGAGCGAGAAAAUGGAUCCAAUCUGGCGUUCAUGUUUCGCCUUCCAUUUGCUGCUGGCCGGGUGUUCAGUAUCAGCAUGCUGGAUACACUGUUAUAUCAGUCAUUUGUAAAGGAUUAUAUGAUCACCAUCACCAGACUGCUUCUUGGGUUGGACACCACGCCGGGAUCAGGCUAUUUGUGUGCGAUGAAAAUCACAGAGGAAGAUCUCUGGAUCAGAACAUAUGGCCGGCUGUUUCAGAAACUCUGUUCAUCCAGUGCAGAGAUCCCGAUUGGCAUUUACAGGACACAGUCACACAUGUUUUCCACAUCUGAGCCACAUGAUAUCAGAACACAGUCUCAAAUCUCAAUCAAUGUGGAGGAAUGUGAAGACACAAAAGAUACAAAAGAUCACUGGACGGGUAAGCCCAGCCACAGGAACUCCACAUCCAGUGACCAAUCCGAGCACCCGCUGCUGCGCAGGAAGAGUAUGCAGUGGGCACGGAGGCUGAGCAGGAAAGGGAACAAGCAGGCAACUAAGACCGCAGAGUGGAUUAGCCAACAGCGACUAAACUUGUACAGGAGAUCAGAGCGACAGGAACUGUCCGAGUUGGUGAAAAACCGCAUGAAGCACCUGGGCCUCCCAACAACGGGCUAUGAGGAUGUAGCAAAUUUAACUGCCAGUGAUGUGAUGAAUCGGGUAAACCUUGGAUAUUUGCAAGAUGAGAUGAAUGAUCAUCAGAAUACCUUAUCGUAUGUCCUCAUCAACCCUCCACCAGACACCCGGUUGGAGCUCAACGACAUUGUAUAUCUUAUCCGGUCGGACCCUUUAGCCCACGUUGCCAACGACACACAGAGCCGGAAGAGCAGCAACAGCUACAAAACAGAGCAGGUGGCAAACCCAGAGACAAGAGACGAAACACAGCUAUGAGAACAAGUGCGGCUCACGGACUCUGUGCCUAAUAACACAAUGACGGACCUCUUUGUUUGUAUUUCUAAGGAGCCGGAUUUAAACCGUGAGUUCCACAUUCAGCACAUGGGGACAGGGAGCAUCCAUGCAAAAGACAAUAGAGGAUUCUGAACUCUUUACUGCCGGCAGGAGACACAAGAAGCCUAAG